AGCGCGGAGUAAACGGCAGAUGUGUCAUCGAGAGAUUCGUCAAAAAAUUUAAGUGGAUGCAGUGAAACUGUCACGUUCCAUCAGACUGUUGCACGACGCUGACUCUUGGCAUCGAGGAUACGCAAACUGCUAGAUCGAUUUUAACGGAAAACAGCAAAAAAAAAAAGAAGGAAAAAAUGAAUACUUCGGUGUCUCUGGUGUUUUCCAUAUUUCUUGGAAUUGUGUGUGCUGUUACAGCAUUGAGAGAGGGUGAUUGCGAAGUGUGCGUUGCUGUUGUGGACAAAUUCAGUCAAACAUUAACAGCAGAUGUUAAAAGCGAUCCCAAGAAGAUUGAAGAGGAGUUUCGAAAAUUCUGUAAAGGCACAAAAUCGAAAGAAAAUAGAUUUUGCUAUUAUUUAGGCGGAUUGGAAGAAUCUGCCACUGGCAUUUUGGGCGAACUCAGCAAACCACUGUCAUGGUCUAUGCCAGCGGAUAAAGUGUGUGAGAAACUGAAGAAGAAAGAUGCUCAAAUAUGUGAUUUGAGAUUCGAGAAACAAAUUGAUCUCAACACAGUAAAUCUUAAGAAGCUAAAAGUACGCGAUUUGAAGAAGAUCCUGAACGACUGGGACGAGUCGUGUGAUGGUUGCAUAGAGAAAACGGACUUCAUUAAGAGAAUCGAGGAGCUCAAACCCAAGUAUUCUAGCAGCAGCUCCAAAACGGAGCUCUGAAGGAUUGUCUUCGAUUUAGACAAGCAAUUGCAUUAGUGUGGCUGUAACCUGUGUCUGUUCAAUUCACUGGAGGAGUUGUUUGCGGCAUUUAAGAGAUGUAUUUAAUUUGCGUCGUUACAUACAAUUCAUACAAUAGUGUUAUUUUGUAAAACUUUGUUUUGUCCUUAGUAAGACAGCCACUCAAGUAUUCGGAAAUAUUUAGGUUACGUUAAUUGAGGUAGGAAAUGAUGACCGCAAAGAUUAGGGUAAAGCAAACUAAUGAGCAAUGAAAAUUUAGUUACACAUACACAAACAUACACAAACACACACAAACAAACGCAUCUUUGUGUCUCAAUAAUUCAUUUUGAGAGACAGUGAUCAUAUGAAUUUUCUCUGAGACGCAGCCAUGCUGAUAAUGUAUCUAUUUUAUCGAAGGUGCUCCAUUUUUAAGAUGUCAACGUUAGGUGUAAAUUAAUGUAAACAGCGUUUAUAUACAAGAAAUUUAUUUUCUCAUGGUA